AUGCCUACAGACGAAAAGUCUGAUAGGCUAUCACCAUGGGAAUGGAUCCGGAGUCAGAUUCACAUGAGGCCACCUGAAGAUGACGAACCGCAGUGGUGGUGGAUUGCGUCCACGACCAUCCCGCUAAUUGCUGCUACAACGGGACCACUCGCCAACGUUAUGUCAAUCGUUGCGCUCGUUAUGCCAUGGCGAAGCAAAAUCCUCUCGGAAAAUCAAAGUGCUGCUGGAAACUUCAUUCAAGAAGGAUAUCCAGAUCCUCAUUGGGCCACUGUUCUAAAUGCCGUUUCGCUUUUCUGCGGAAUCGUGGGCAAUGCAUUUUUACUGUUCAAUUUCACACAGAUUGUACGCUAUAUUAUAGCCUUGCCCGUGACGAUCAUUUCGUGGUUCCUAGCUGCGGGAAUCCUCUGUGGAAUUACCAUAGCCAUGCAUAUAUAUGCUCCUCCAGUAGGCGCUGAUAGGGUCUACUCGCAGGCGUAUUGGAGUGCCGUCAUUGCGGCAGUCCUCUAUUUUCUCUUGGGCGUCCUCUUGAUGAUCAACAUGCUAGGCUAUUUCCUGGGUAAAUACCCGCAACAUUUCUCGCUGACCAAUGAGCAACGAACCUUGAUCCUACAAAUGACUGCAUUGAUGGUUUGGCUAUUAAUUGGCGCGGCUAUCUUUCAACGGGUGAUCGGGAUCUCUUUCGCCGAUGCAUUGUUCUUCUCCGAUGUCACUGUUCUCACCUUGGGGUAUGGCAACAUAAUUUCCACCAAUGCCGUUGGUCGAGGUCUUAUUUGGCCAUACGCAGUCAUUGGAAUUAUCAUUCUGGGGCUGGUUGUGGAAAGUACCUUUAAAUAUGGUCGUGAGGUUCACUACGAUAAUGUGAUUUGGAAACACAUCGAAAAGAAACGGCAAUCCACUUUCGAACAAUCACUCAUCAACGAGCUCGAGUCUGCUAAAGAUAAACUCUCGCCUAGCGGAGUUAUCACCCCUCCAGGUCUCACCCGCCAAAACUCCAAGACUCGACGCCAUCGGCAUCACCGGCCAAUCCGCAACACCAUCAACGCUAUAGCCACGGCUCGCCGACCCAAGAUUCUCAUUAUGCGUGAAGAAAAGGAUCGGUUUGAUGCUAUGCGCCGUAUUCAGUUCGAUACUAUGCGUUUCCGUCGCUGGAACAAUUUGAUCAUGAGCGUCGUUGCAUUCGGAAUUGUGUGGUCCUGCGGAGCAGUGGUGUUCUGGAAAUUAGAGGACAUUACCUACUUUGAAUCACUCUACUUCUGCUUCACCUCUCUGUUGACGAUCGGCUACGGUGAUAUCACACCGCAGUCAAAUCCAGGAAGACCUUUCUUUGUGGUAUGGUCUCUAAUCGCCAUCCCAAUCAUGACCAUGCUUAUUUCCGAGAUGAGCGACACAGUCGUCGCUAGCUUCAAACGCGCCACUGAAGUAGUCGCUGAUUACGUCGUGCUUCCCCAAUCCCAUGUCUAUAAGUCAUCCUUGGGUCGGAUUCCUAUCGUUUCCCAGUUCUUGCUGGCUCGCCAAGCGAAAAAGCAACGAAGACGCGGUUUCCCCCUUGAGGGGGAUGAUGGAUCCGACACUGGGGAAAGAGCGAACCCCGAGGAUUCUAGUCAACCUAAUAUUGAAAGCGGUAACUUGGCCGAGUCUCAUCCGCACCGAUCCCUUGAAGAACUUGUCCGGGAUCCGACCCCACUCGAGCUUGCCCAGCAACUUGCCUUCGCUAUUCGCCGCGCGUCGAAACAAGCACUGGAACGCAAGAGAAAGCGAUAUUCCUACGAAGAAUGGGUCGAAUUCACUCGGCUCAUUCAGUUCACAGACCCGCGAGCUCGGCGACCAUCGUCACAGAGAAACCAGCCAGCAAGUGAGGAAGGCCCUUCUAAUAGUGAAGACGAAUAUGGAAUUCUCAAUUGGGACUGGAUUGGUGAAAACAGUCCCAUGCUGGCAAAACAGACAGAGCCCGAGUGGGUUCUAGAUCGGUUGUGUGAAAGCCUGAUUCGGUACGUGUCGACUCAAGAGAGUCGGGCUGUGGGAGGUGGUGCAGAUUUGUCGGAGGAGCCAACUCUGAGGAAGGAGAGGGAUAUUGGGUUGGAGGAGUGA